ACGCGGCGCGGCCAUCUUGGGGCGGCCCCCGCCCUCACCUGGGCAGGUGAGCCGCCAUGUUGCGGCGCUGAGCGGCACCGGCGCGGCCGGCAUGAGGGGCGGCGGGGCGGCGGCCGCCGGCGGCCUUCUCCUCCCGCGGGGGGCCCUGAUCCUGCUCGGUAUCUGCAAUGCUUUUUCCCUGGAUAUUAAAGCCAGUUCUAAAGUGCGAGCUUUCGUUGGUGAAAAAGUACUGCUGACGUGCACGUUCAAAUCCAUUUCUCCCAUCACUGAGAGUCUGACAGUGGACUGGACGUACCGGCCCCUCACGGGUGGUCACAUGGAGACAAUUUUUCAUUAUCAGUCUGUUGCCUACCCAACAACAGUGGGAAAAUUCAAAGACAGGAUAUCCUGGGCUGGGAACGUUGCCAAGGGUGAUGCUUCCAUUGCUAUCCAAAGCCCUGUGAUGAGUGACAAUGGGACGUUCAUCUGCAGCGUGAAGAAUCCUCCAGAUGUGUACCACAACAUUCCCCAGACAGUGCUGAUAGUGACGGAGAGGGGCUUUUCCUUCCAGCUGACUUCAGCGGUGCUGCUGUCCAUUUUAGUAUUUCUCCCUUCCAUCAUUGUGGUCAUUCUGAUGUUGGUGAGGUUGGGAAGGAAAUCUGGAGUGCUAAAGGAGAAAAAAAAACCUGGCUGCAAGAAAUCCUCUAUUGAAGUGUCUGAUGAGUCUGAACACACAGACACCUGCUCAGGGAGACUGAAAGCCUGGUGUUUGAACUGUGUGGACACAGAUGAGGAAGAGCCAUACUGUUGAAAGAUCAAAUUUAUGGAUAAAGAACAAAAUUACAACACUGAAAAUCUUGGUUAGAAAUUGCAAAGGCUGCUGGAUAACCAAUGCAGAUUGAAGGACCUGUUCUCAUCUUGGUAUAUUGGAAUUAUAAUGCUGAUGGGAUAAUUCACUCUUA